AGUCACGGAGUUUGGUGUCAGCACUAGUUUCUCCAAUUUGACAAGCCAAAUUUUGUUAAUUUUAACUGGAUGAGCACAAAAACUGGAAAAUAAUAACAAAAAUGGCGCUGCGUUAAGGUGAAAAGCAGCACCUGUCCUCCCGAAAAGGGGAAGCAAUCAGCGGAUAGCGCCGAAGAGUGUUUGACAACAGCCAGUGAAUCAUCUGGCAGAUAAAGAAAUUGGAUUGGCCACAGAAGCGCCCAUCUGGAGGAGCAGCCCUCACAAUAGAAGCCCUAUCGAGUACCCCCAAUUCGCUCCAGCUCCAGGUGGAGGUGACCCCAACGCCCCGAGACACACGCGCUGUAGCCGAAGUAGUAGCCCACAUCAAUAGAAUGGGCAACGACGACCAUCGACGACGAAAGACACCUUGUGGCUUUUGCAUGGCGGUCUUCAAGUGGAUCCCGGUGCUGUUCAUUACGGCGGUGAUCGCCUGGUCCUACUACGCCUACGUGGUGGAGCUGUGCAUCCGCAACUCGCAGAAUCACAUUGGCAUGAUCUUCAUGCUGCUGUUUUACCACCUCUUCCUAACCCUCUUCAUGUGGUCCUACUGGCGUACCAUUAUGACCUCCGUGGGCCGCAUACCGGAUCAGUGGCGGAUACCAGACGAGGAAGUGACUCGACUUUUCCGGGCCGACAGCCCCGACACUCAGAAACGCAUUCUCAACAACUUUGCGCGCGAUUUGCCAGUCACAAAUCGCACAAUGAACGGCUCUGUGCGGUUCUGUGAGAAGUGUAAGAUAAUCAAGCCGGACCGGGCGCACCACUGCAGCGUGUGCAGCUGCUGCGUGCUAAAGAUGGACCACCACUGCCCCUGGGUGAACAACUGCGUCAACUUCUACAACUACAAGUACUUCGUGCUGUUCCUGGGCUACGCACUCGUCUACUGCCUGUAUGUGGCCUUCACCACGCUCCACGACUUUGUUGAGUUCUGGAAGGUAGGUGCCUACGAUAAUAAUGGUUACUCGGCACAGGGACAGUUGAAUGCCAGCGGAAUGGGGCGUUUUCACAUCUUAUUCCUGUUCUUCAUUGCCAUAAUGUUUGCCAUUAGUUUGGUGAGUUUGUUUGGCUACCACAUCUACCUGGUGCUGGUGAAUCGCACGACGUUAGAGUCGUUUAGAGCUCCCAUCUUCCGCGUUGGCGGACCAGAUAAAAAUGGCUAUAACUUGGGUCGCUAUGCCAAUUUCUGCGAGGUGUUCGGCGACGACUGGCAGUACUGGUUCCUGCCCGUCUUUUCCAGUCGCGGUGAAGGCUACAGUUACCCGACCUCCAGCGACCAGAGUCGAGUGUCCACCGCCUCGCCAGUCCAGCGGUACGAUGCCAUGGGGGAGACGGCCACCAGCAGGUUAGAUGGCAAUCCGACAGAUAAGUUGAUUGGCGCUAGUCCCCUCGACACCACUAACUAUCACCACAACCAAUCGCCUCAUCAAGUAAGAAGCGUCAGCGCGCAGGCAGUCCAGCAGUUGCCGAUGCAGCCACCAUCUCCAAGCCGGGACGAGCGGCUGGCAAACGGCCUGUCAUCCAGCAACUCCAGCAAGGCAGCAGUCAGGUCUAGUCAGCCGACGGAGGGAGGAGCCAAUGGGGCGGCCGUAUACAUCGACAUGGUCGGGGAUCAUCCGUUGGCAGACUCCGAUUUAGCGAAGAAUCCCCCUCGCCCGCUGAAUGGAGAUCUGCCAGUUUGAAUUUCCCCAUUUGUCAUGUUUCUGUAGAUCAUUGUAUUAUGUGUUUGUACUAUAUAGCCGGGUUAACUGCCAGAUUUGUCAGCAUUGCAGAUUGUAGCAAGCCAAUACGUUACCUCUAUGCAAUUUAUCAACUGUUCAGUAUAAGCUACUUUUAUGUUGAAAGGGCUGGGACCACAAUAUUUGGCUUAGAUAUAAAUCGUCGGGUAUUUUUUAUUCACAACCACUUAGCUACAUUCGACUAAGAUAACAUUAAGCAGUAUGUAAUUGUUACUACACAAGCAUUUAUCGCUGUUUUAAUAGAUCGAAAUUUGUAAUCAAAACUGAGAGAUCUUGGUGGUUAAGAUCUUUAUCCUGCUCAGACAUUUGUACCUUGUUAAACACAUUCAUGGAACCAAUCAUCCUUGUAGAUACCAACCUAUCUUCAAGACUUAAACGUAAUAUUAAGUAUGAGAUUUCAGUACACUUAAUCACACACAGAAUUCGGGAAUUUCUCUUUGAUUUUAAUUUAUGUAGUUAGUUAAUGUUUGAAAAUUGAUUUUUGUAUUUUUUUAUUCUUUUGUACACCUAUUAUACCUAAAUACAUAUUCUAUUGAGUAAA